AUGCUAAGUUUUGAUAUCGCAGGACUUUUCGUUGUGGCAAUGGGUCUCAGAAUUGGGUUCUUCCUGUAUGGCAUGUACCAAGACGCAUACCUGGACGUUAAAUACACGGAUAUCGAUUAUUUUGUUUUCCACGAUGCGGCAGGGUAUGUUUCCCAAGGAAUGUCUCCGUUUUUGAGAGAUACUUACAGAUACACACCACUUCUAAGCUGGCUGUUAGUUCCAAAUCAUCGGCUACCGUGGAUCCACUUUGGAAAGCUCAUAUUUGUGAUCUUCGAUCUGUUAACAGGAGUCUUGAUUCUGAAGCUCCUGGAAACCAAUACAAGGCGUAAGAGACUACUUCUUGCCUCGUUAUGGCUUUUAAAUUUCAUGGUAAUAACCAUCAGCACGCGCGGCAAUGCUGAAAGCGUGCUAUGUUUUUUGAUUAUGCUUGCACUUUACUGUUUGAGGUUCAGAUACUACGUCCUCUUCGGUCUAGUAUUCGGGCUGGCAAUACACACCAAGAUAUAUCCCAUAAUUUACAGCAUUCCGAUAGCCGCAUACCUCUUUUUCCAGCAAAGAACCGGGGUCUUGUGUUUAUUGCGAAUUGGAAUUGCAACACUGACCUCUUUGGGGGCUACAUGCUACUGGAUGUAUCGACUCUACGGACCACUUUUCCUAGAGCAGGCCUACUUCUACCACAUGUAUCGUACGGACCAUCGCCACAAUUUCUCGGUAUUCCAUAUGCUCUUGUACUUCGAAUCAGCGCAGUCCGGAACCACUUAUGGCGCGCAAUGGGCUUUUUUGCCGCAAACCAUAGUCAUUUUAGCAAUUGUGUUGCUCAUUUCCCGUGAUAGUAGCUUUCAAAACCUACUCAGCGUCCUGUUCGUUCAAACCUAUGCCUUCGUAACCUUCAAUAAGGUGUGCACCUCGCAAUACUUCAUUUGGUACCUAAUAUUUUUGCCUUUUUACCUAGCGAGAUCCGAAAUUUCAAUAAAGAAAGGACUCUUCAUGGCUGUAGUAUGGGUGACUACGCAAGCUCUGUGGCUGCUACAGGGCUAUUUACUUGAGUUCAGAGGCCAAAAUGUCUUUGUUCCUGGCUUAUUUCUCUCCAGCUUGUUGUUUUUCAUCGCAAAUGUCUGGAUUUUGGGCCAAUUCAUCCAGGAUAUGAACAAGAACGCUUCUAGACUUAAAGGUAAGAAGUUUCAAUGA